CUCGUCAAAAACUUCUUAGCGUACAAUGGCCAAGUCAAAGAAUCACACCAAUCACAAUCAAAACAGAAAAGCCCAUCGUAAUGGCAUCAAGCGCCCAAUGCGUAAACGCCAUGAAUCCACCUUGGGUAUGGAUGUCAAAUUCUUGACCAACCAACGUUUCGCCCGCAAGAACAACUUGUCCCGUGCUGAGGCUGAUCAACGUUACAAGGAUCGUGUUGCCGCUCAAGCCGGCAAGAAGAAGCCUGUUUCUCUCCAAGAGUAGAUUGUA